AUGGUCGUUUUGCACUCCAUACAUAUCCAGGUCAACCCUGAGCGCCAAACAUACGAGCCUGUGUGGCAUGUCCAGCCACUUACUACAAUCGAAGAUCACACCAACCCCAACGCUGUGCUGAAGUCUCUGAGCGAUUCUUUUGGUGACGAACAGCGUAAAACAAAAGGUUUCAGUUUCACCACGAUUAUGGACUAUCAUAACGCGUUCAAG